ACCACGUAUGCCAACCUCUCGUUACCUGAGUUCACUCACACUGCAGUGCCGCCACAACCUGCCGCGACGCCGCGUGUCGCUUCCAUUCCGAUCGAUCACAUCCGACGCGUGUGUCGUUGACGUUACGAUGUGCCCGGUCAGUUGUCGGUGAUAGUUUUGUGCGAACGAUACCACCAUGCCGUACGUUAUGGUGAUGGGCAGCCUCAGCGCGCCGCACUUGUCGAAGGAUGAAGGCGCCACCGUGUACGGACUCAAAAGCGAGGAACGGGCGGCUUUAGUGCGGGAGCUAAACUCGGCUUUUGGGAUGGCGAUAGCAACAUCAUCAGACAUGGAGAGAACUGUCAAAGUGACUCAGAAAGGUCUAACUUUGGUGGUGGUGAAUCGGCUUCACGGUUUAUUGGGGUACGACGUAGUGUCGCAUGCCAUGGCGAUGACGAACGCUAACAGAGAGCUGGUUUCCUUCACCUUGUACAAGAAGACUAGCACUGGGUCUCAUGGGCACGGACAAAGCCAUAGCCACGGACAGAGCCAUAGCCACGGACAGAGUCAUAGCCACGGACAGAGCCAUAGCCACGGUCAGAGUCACAGCCACGGCCCGAGCCACGGCCAUGGACAGAGUCAUAGCCAUGGCCAUGGACACAGCGAGCGCAAGAGUCAUACUCACGGCAGCGUGGUCACGCUUUGAUGACGCGCGACGGUUGAGCAGCAUUACCAUUCACGAAACAUUAUAAGGCCCUAACAUUGAACAAACGAUGUGGCAUGUUCGUGAGAAAACGAAAACAACACAGAUUAAUUAGACAGAGUAUGUUGGUAACGAUGUGGAGCAUUCAAGAUAGCUAUAAUAAU